AUGACGCCCAGUCCCCCAGAUGAAGCUCUUCACUUCCGCGGAAAGACCCUGACUCCGGAAAGUCCCCGACCGCUACAUAUCCCGGAGCCAGCCAAUAUCCCAGUCCUCGAGAAUCAAAUGGACCCCGUCUUCAACGAUACUUCCACAUACGACCGCCCUGAUUUCCCUCGGCAUCCCUUUCAAAAUUAUCACUCACAAGAUGGAUGGCCCAAUCUUCCUAUGGAGGCGGGGGUAGCUUCGGAAUUGGCCCGACACCCAGGUAGUUUGCAUGGUGCGCAGCCUAAGGAUUCUGCGAUGAUGAACUUGAAUGAUAUCAGUGUUUCUGCUCCCGGUUUCUACUCUUCUACCCCAGCGGGCAUCAGUCAGGCUGGCAACACAAACCCCGGCCACCCUCUAGCGGACUCCAAUCCCUCCUAUGCGCCUCCGGCAGUCCCGGUCCACGAGGGCUUCGCCACAACGGGCAAUAUAGACAAUGCCGGCAACCCGGUAAAUUCAUCCGCUUUGCCAGGUCACCUAGAGGAGGAUCUAAAGGAAGAUGCAGCGGCAGGAGGAUCGGCAACAGGAACAGGAACAGAAUCGGGUUCAGGCUCGGCUGCAGUUGGGGUCAAUUUUCAAACUCUGCUGGACAAUCUCUCUCAUCCAUCUGCUACGGCGACCGCUCCUACAGGGGCUAUGCCCUCUCUAGUGGAGGAAGGCUCGUCACUUCCCAAGGCAUCUACGGACGAGCCUCUCCAACCCGGGUUAUCAUCCUCACUGGACGCUCAGUCCGUGAACCUCCCGGCCCGCCCUCCCCUCCAAGACCCCUCCACCCAGCCCAACUACCCUCCCCAUGUAACGAUGCCCUUCAAAACUUCCCCUCUAUGCCCACCGGAGGUCCCCCCGGGCACUGGUUCCGGUGUCGGCGCUCUCCCCCUCCCCCCCAUCGCCAGCUUCCAACAAGCCCAACAAACCACCCCUUCUUCGACCGCGGAUUCACAGACGUCUCAAGAAGGACCCUCGCAAACCCCCAAGAAAAGUCGUACCGAUAAACCAGCGGUGCGACCCGGCAAAGGAGCGGAUGAUGAUUCGCCUUGGGGGCCGGAAGUCCAAAAGAAAUAUGAUGAGUUCUUGCAUGAUGAGAGAAUAUAUGUGACCGAGGGUCUCUGGGAUCGGUUUCCAAUGGGUUCGAGGCUGUUUGUGGGGAACCUUCCCACCGAGCGGGUUACGAAAAGAGACAUGUUCCACCUAUUCCACAAAUACGGCAAAUUGGCCCAAAUUUCGAUCAAACAGGCUUACGGCUUUAUCCAAUUUCUCGAGUCCGACGCUUGCCACGCAGCAUUGCAGGUAGAACAAGGCGCCUUGGUCCGUGGGAGGAAGAUUCAUCUUGAGAUUUCAAAGCCACAGAGAUCGACCCGACCUGGCCCUGCAGAGCCGGUUCGUGCACCACCGCCCCGUCGCUCCCGAACGCCAGAGUUCAGCCGAGCUGCCCCUGUCCGGAACAACGCUCGAGCCACUGGUGAUCGUUUCGAUCGUCCUCACGAAACGGCUCGACCCCCCUUCAGCGAUUUCCGGGACGAGCCCUCACACCGCAGGCGUGAUGACUAUCGACCCCCGCGAUCACCUUCUCCUCGACCUCUUCGCCGAGAUGGAUACCGAUCACGAGAUCGGACACCUGAAAGGCUCGAUCGCCGUAGAAGAUCCCGGUCCCCGCGCUCUCCACGAUCCCCGUACGCCCGGGAUCGUCGGUAUCGCAGCCCAAGCCCCCGGCCCCGUGGCGUCUACGAAGGAGAAGCCGAUCUCCCAGUUCCGAGACGGUCUCCACGAGAUGUGCCAGAGGUCCAGGUCCUUGUUUUGGAAGAAGUGGACCGUAACUUUAUUCUUCACGUGGAAAAUGCCUUUCGCAAUCGCGGUUUGCGUGUAGAUGUGCUUGUGCUUGGUCCUCGGAUUCCCCUCGGCGCUGCGGUUCACCGUCAAUACAUCGAAGGUGUUCUAGCAGUUGUUCGACUGUCGCGGCCAAACCAAUUCUCCCGCAAAAUUCCCCUCCAGAUAUUUGACCGAAGUGCCGGACCGGCCAACGUCCGCUUCAGUGACUAUCCUGAAGUUGACCCUAAUAUCGCCGCCGAUGUCAUGUUUCACCAGGCCCAGGCGAUGCAGCGAGGGCCUGUUCCGGCUUCCUUUGCUCCUAAUCCGGCUUUCGGCGUUCCCCAGAUGCAGUCCAUGCCCAUGCCCAUGCCCAUGCCUCAGCCUAUGCCCCAGCCGGGCUUGCCAACGCUCUCUAACCCACCCAAUAUUGCGAACUUGAUCAGUUCCCUGGAUGGACCCAGCCUUCAGUCUCUCUUGUCCGCUCUCCAGCGGCCGGGGCCACAGUCACAGCCUGGAUCGGCAGCGCAUCUGUUGACCAAUGCGAGCCGACCUCCCCCGGCCCCUCAACCCCCGCAACAACCUCUUCUCCAUCCACCUUUUGCCAUACACCCUCCCACUGUCCCUGUCGUCUCUGAUCCAAACCUUCUUGCUCUUCUUGCUAAAGGCCUCGGGGGCCAGCCGCCACAGGGCCAGACACCUGUUGCUGCGAAUGUGCAAAAUCUCAUGAACCAAUUGCUUCAUCGAAAGCAAUGA